CUAACCACUGCGCCAUCUCGGCUCGGUAUUUGUGCAUUAAAGUUUCUAAAGGAGAUCAGCUCACAUUGAAGGAAACCUGUUUGAUUCAAUUUGAUUUCGGAAGGCGACAUGGAGUUCUUGGAAAGAUAAGAUGUGGCGGCUAAUAAUUGCAGUGACCUUGUUCCAAGGCCUGGUAAAUUCAUCGGUGCUUGAGAGAAGAAAAAGAAAUUUGGAUCCAGAAACAUCCAUGAACAUUAGUGAAAUCAUUUUAUUCAGAGGAUAUCCCAGUGAGGAAUAUGAGGUGGUGACGGAUGAUGGAUAUUUCCUAGGUCUUAAUAGAAUUCCUUACGGGAAAUUAAGUCCGAAAACCAAGGAACCGAGACCAGCUGUGUUUCUGCAACAUGGCUUUCUUGCUGAUGGCAGUAACUGGGUGACCAAUCUGGACUACAACAGCCUGGGUUUUGUGCUGGCUGACGCUGGUUUUGAUGUUUGGUUAGGGAACAGCAGAGGAAACACUUGGUCUCGAAAACACAUCAAGUACACCACAAAGCAAAAAGAAUUCUGGAUGUUCAGUUUUGAUGAAAUGGCUAAAUAUGACCUCCCCGCUUCAAUAAACUUUGUCUUGAACAAAACUGGCCAGGAGAAACUCUUCUACGUUGGCCAUUCUCAAGGCACCAUCAUAGGUUUCAUAGCGUUUUCAGCUUUUCCAGAGUUGGCAAAAAAGAUACACAUGUUUUUGGGAUUGGCCCCUGUUAUGACUGCGUCAUUUUCAACCAGUGGUUUGGCCAAACUUGGACAGCUUCCUGAAUUUCUACUUAAAGAAAUAUUUGGAACAAAGCAAUUUAUGCCCCAGAAUGGUAUAAUAAAAUGGCUUGCUACCCAAGUAUGCGACCGGGUUAUACUUGAUGAUCUUUGUGGCAACCUUUUCUUUCUCAUCUGUGGAUUUAACGAGAAAAACCUAAACAUGAGCCGAGUAGAUGUAUAUGCAACACAUUGCCCAGCUGGAACAUCUGUCCAGAAUGCACUUCACUGGGCUCAGAUGGUAAAGUCUGGGGAAAGCAGAGCGUUUGACUGGGGAAGCAGAAAAGAAAACAUGGCUCAUUAUAAACAGCCAACACCGCCUCUCUACAAAUUGGAAGGGAUGCAUGUUCCAACAGCUAUAUGGACGGGUGGCCAUGACAUACUGGCAGACAGGAAGGACAUCGCCCUGUUAAUGACUAUGAUCCCAAAUUUGAUAUACCACAAGGAGAUCCCAGAUUGGGAACAUCUGGAUUUCAUUUGGGGCCUUGAUGCCCCACAGCGCUUGUUCAGAGAUAUGAUUCAGCUGAUGCAGAAAGCUCAAUAUGCCCAUUGAUUUACUUGAAGUUGCAAUCCCAAAACACUGAUACAGUUGUGAAAAGGAGAUCUUGCUUUUUACUUAUGCAUAGUGGUUCUACCACAAAACCGCGGACGACAAAAUCGCGGUCGACGAAAGCGUGUAUGUGACGUCAUCACAGCGCG